GGUCUACACUGCGAACGGCUCCGCCCAUCCGUGUUUAUCUGUCACGCUAUUCGCGGACACGCUUGUCAAUCAUGUGUUUACUCAACUAGUUCUGCAGAGACGCACUGAAACGCUUGCUGUUCGGGGACUGGACCGCAAAACGGAGAACGGGACAAGAAACAAUGUCAGUGCUCUCCCAUCAGAAUUGAAGCUUGAGAGAAUCCCCCAGUGCCAGUCAGUGAUGGAUGUGAGAGACGGAGCGGCGGCGUGGGAAGCCUUGGCGAGCCGGGACUCGUGUUCCAGAGACGCAGCCAUGGAGCACAUCGAGCAGGAGGUGGAAAGAAAGGUGGAGAGUAUAAAGCCGAUCCUGAAGACGUCAUCAUCGUCAUCAUCGUCAUCAUCAUCGUCAUCAUCAUCGUCGUCAUCAUCAUCAUCAUCAACAACAACAACAACAUCAUCAUCGUGGCUAUCGUCGUGUCCUGGGACGGCUGAAGAUCUUAACUGCAUCCUGGCACGUGUCCUCAUGCUCUCCAGGAGGUGUCCUUACGAAGACGUGAGGGAAAGAUGCGUCUGGCUGCUCCGCAGAGUACAGGUGAGAAGAAUGGGGGUGGAGGAGGGGGAGGUGGAAAAGAAAGAGUGUGGAAAAAGGAGGAAGAGAGGAAGCGAAAAAGUCCAGAAGGAGUUGAGGCCGGAGGAGGAGUAGGUUUAGAGGCAAGAAAAAAAGAAACAGAAUAAUGCAAAAGACCACUGAAGCUAAAACAGAAUAAGAAAGGAAAGGAAAAGGCGUGGUAUGGUGGUGCACGUUGACGCCUCACAACUUCUGGAUUUAUGAAAAACAGAGUCAGAACAGAGUCUCUCCUACUGCAUGUUGCACUGUAUGUGAGCUCAGAUUCGUGUCGUGUCAUGCAGGAAGUUAAGUGGAACAUUCUUAAGCAGUCAUCCAAUUGGUUAUGACUUUAAUUGGCCUUACAGACAUAUUUACAAUCCUCCAGCUGAGACAACACCUGACUGCUGACAUCUAAAUCCAGAGGGCAGUUCAUAUUGUUUGUUGGUGUCGGUAUUUGUGUUUUGCGUGUGUGUGUGUGUGCGUGUGUGUGUGUGUGUGUGAGAGAGAGAGAGACAGUGUUCAGAAUAGCGCUGCCAGGGUUGCAGGGUUGCAGGGGGUUGUUUCCCAUGGUGCGUUUUGCUCAGGGUCACGGGGUUCAGCUUGAAGGAGAGGAUCAGUCGCACUCGUCUGCAUUACCAGACGUUGACAGGUGCAGCAGCGGAUAACCAGAAAUCUGUGGAAUAACUGAAACUCUGUAGCGUGCAGUGUGUUUGGAUGUUUUUAGGCAUCAGAAUGUUCUCAUGAUGACACGAGAUGGCUAGGUUCAGCUUUUCCACGCUUUCAGUAGCUCACGAAGUCAGUUGUUACGCUACAUAGUCGUGCGACGUCAUAACGGCGGGCACGUGUAAGCCACGCCCCUUUCAUUCUGUAUUAUUGUUUAGGAUGCUCGUUUACUUAUGAACGUAUGAUGCAGGGGAUCCAAAGAUCCUUAACGCAGAGAAGAAAGUCUGCACUAUUUUAGGAUGUAGAAUAAUUUUACGCCAUAUAUUUAAAAGUGGUGUUGAAAAUUCAUGUGCUGUCCCAGUUCUAUGGAUGUCACCUUUGUUUUUUUUCCCUGCUCCAUUUGUCUUUGGUAAUGUUGUGGGGGAAACGAGUUGCCUAGGCCCUCAUGUGUCAUUGUGUGGGCAUAUUUACGUUAACCUGUUGCACUAUAUUAGCCUCGCCUAAGCGCCUGCAGUAAUUAACACCAGUGUGUAAUUUCAUUAACCCUGACACUCACUUCACUGCAUCCAGAAUCCACACACACACACGCACACACACGAGCCAAUGUUCUCUCAAAUCAGCCCAGCGGAAAUGUGCUAACUGACGUGUUUUUUUUUUCUUCUUUCAAAUAUCUUGCGGCACUUUGAGAAACGGAAUGCGUUUUCGGCGCAUUGUUCUAUUAAUUGUUUUUCUUUUUGGUGUUUUUUUUGUUUCCCAGUUUUACUUGGGGUUGUUUUUGGGAUGACAGGAUGUUCGCUCCGGAUCUUUUGUUUGAUGUGACCCUUUGACCUGCGCUGCUUACUGUAGAAGCACUGAGAAGCCUGGGAUAUGAGGGCUUAUGAGAUCACACAAACCCAGACUGCCUUACACAGUAUUACUGAAAGAAAAAACAUUUGAAUACGAACUUUGGCCUAGUAAGCACCACAGUUUCACUGCAGCUUGCACUCUCUCUCUCUCUCUCUCUCUCUCAUACACACUCACACACACACACAGUUGUCACACAUGCACAGAUAGACACAGUAGGAUUAUGGCCAGUGAAAUGAAGACGAAGAAAAAAAAAUCAGCCAGAAAUACUAGUUUUCCAUUCCUGUGUUGGUUAAUUUUUUAUGUUUUAUAUGUGAUGUAAUCAGCUAUGCUAUACACAGACGUCUGUCUCAGUCUUUUUUGCUUUUUCACGUUCAUUUAAUCAUUCAUACCUUGCAAUGAUAUCCCCCCCCCGGAACUGAUCAGAUUUGAUCAGUCUUAAAUGUUAAAUACUGUUAUGUUCCCCUUUCUACAUCCAGGGGUAAGAAAGGAGGGAGACAAAAAAAGUAGAGAGAGAGAGAGAGAGAAAGAGAGAGAGAGAAAGAGAGAGAGAGAGAGAG